AUGUCCCCCCAAGACUACAGAGCUCUUUCGAGCCGUGAUGUGCCAAUGAGAGUAAUUGUUUGCGGCCUUCAUCGCACAGGAACUAUGAGCAUCCGCUCUGCGCUGUGGCAGCUGGGGUUUCAUGACUGCUACCACAUGGCAUCCGUCCGGCAAAGCCAACAUCAUGCCCAGCUCUGGAUUCGGGCUUUGGAGGCAAAGUAUUCCGGCAAAGGGUCCUUCAUCAAAGCUGACUGGGAUGCGCUUCUGGGUCAGUCACAAGCCUGUUGCGACAUACCAGCAGCUCUCUUUUCCGCAGAGCUGUCAGAAGUUUAUCCGGAGGCUAAGGUUAUUAUCCUCAACCGCGAUCCUGAAGAAUGGUACGAAAGCGUUCUCAACAGCAUUUACAAUCUCAGUAUUCUGGUCACGCUCGGGCGGAUUUACUGCCGCAUCUUUGAUCCACAAACAUACAACAUGUGGCAAUUUAAUGUUGUGAUGCGAAGCCAGGCCAUGGGGUUCAACCAUCCGAAGGAGAGGGAGAAGGCUGUCUCCUGGUUCAACGCGCAGUACGAAGAGUUUCGUGACCGGAUACCCCCUGAGCGACGCAUUGAAUAUACAAUUCAAGAAGGCUGGAAACCUUUAUGUGAGCACCUCGGUGUUCCAAUCCCUACAGUGAAGGAUCUCACGACGGGUGAAUUGGUCGAGGCUCCUUUCCCUCGAGUCAAUGACCGAAAAGCCUUCGCACUUCGCCGCCAGAGGAGCCAGAAACGGGCUAUUUCUCGGGCCAACACCAACUUGUUAGCGGGAGUUGGUAGCAUUACACUCGCUGGGUCAAUAUGUUACGGCGUGUACUUCGUUUGGAAAGCAUUGACGGCUAGACCUGGACGUAUCUAG